AUGUCCGACGACCCUCAGCUCCCGCGGGCCUCCGAUAAGGAGAUUACUCGCAUGUGGCGGGUGUACAGAACCGUUAUGGAGAUGGUGUCGGAUCGGGAAUACGAGCUCGCAGAGGAUGAGGUCAAGAUUUCCUUGAACCAGUUCCGCAACAAGUUUGUCGACCAGAGCGGUCAGAUUGUUCGCCAACUGCUCCAAUUCUCCGCCCGUCCCAGCGACACCAUGAUCCGCAAAUUCACACCCCCCGCUACCCCCGAAAACCCCAACCCCGAACCCGACUGCGGCACCAUCUUCGUGCAAUUCAUCUCCUCCGACAACAUGGGCGUGUCCCAAGUCAAAGACUUCAUCCAGACCGUCGUGGGCCAGCACGCCCGCGUCGGGAUCCUCAUCACGCGCGUCCCGCUGACCCCCGCGGCGCGCAAGUUUAUCGCCGUCGCCGAGAGCUACGCCCAGCUCGAGUGCUUCAUCGAGGAGGACCUGCUCGUCAACAUCACGCACCACGAGCUCGUGCCGCGCCACGUGCUUCUCUCUAAGGAGGAGAAGGUGGCUUUGUUGAAGCGCUAUAGGCUCAAGGAGACGCAGCUACCGAGGAUUUUGCAGAAGGAUCCGGUGGCGAGGUAUUUGGGUUUGAGGAGGGGUCAGGUUGUGAAGAUUAUUAGGAACUCGGAGACGGCGGGGCGGUAUGCCUCGUAUAGGCUGUGUGUAUAA